UGGGGCGGGACGCGACGCGACGUGACGCGACGUGACGCGACGUGACGCGGGGGUCUCGUCCUCGCCUGCCGAAGGGGGGUGCUUGUUUACCUCAGAGGGUUUGUGGGGGGGUUUCCCGGUUGAAUGUUUAUUAUCAUUUAAACGAUCUCGGCCUCGAAGUUCCUCCGGGAGCCCGCUGCGCCGGCGCCCCAGCCUCGGCCUGCCGUGGGGCGCCACCCGCCCGGGGGGCUGCGGGGCAGCCCCGGGGGAGCCCCGCUUCUCACGGACCUUCAGGAACCGUAGCCGUGCCCGAGGCCUCGCCUGCUCCCUGGGAGCGCCGGAAAGGAUGUCAGUGGCCGCUUACUGUAUAUUUUGCUAUAGACAAAUAGGAACUUCUGGUCCAGCCACAAAAACACACCUACCAUGGAAUGAUAUCAGAAAAAUUGCAAAGGUAACUGGAUCACUUAUACUAGGAGGUUUUGUAUUCAUUACUUAUGAAGUCCUGUCCUUAAAGAAGUUACUGAAAAUUGAUACUCAAGCUAUACAUCAAGAAAAACUUAAAUCCUAUGUAUACAUACGUUCAACUUCUCUAAAUCAAAGUGAAUGUCAAGGGAUCACAUACCAAGCCAGAAAAGAAAUCCAUAAAGCUGUGAGGAAAAUUCUUGAAACAGAAGCUAAAAUUUUCCGGAGACCUUUUAAUGAACAAUUCAGUACCUUUGAUGGAGAAGAUCACGAAUGUGCCUUAUGGCUCCUCUUAAAGAGAAGUCAGUCUGAAGACAAAGAGGUCCGACUGCAGGCUGUACAAGACCUGGCAAACAACAGUCACUGGCAUGAUUAUCAGUAUGGUACAGUUGCCCAAACCUGUGAUCAAAGGACUGCUAUAGGUUUGGCUCGGUCCAAAGAUAUUGACCUUCGCUUUUUCCUGCCUCCACCACCAUUGCCAAAAAUAAAGAAUGAUGAUCCCAUAGAAGAUGAACUUCGCUUGUUGUUAGUAUCUUUACCUCAGACUGGUCUUGAUCCGUGUGUCCAGUACUUCACAUCUCUUGCUUUACGUGAAAGUAGUCAGACUCUCGCUGCACAAAGGGGAGGCUUAUGGUGUUUUGGAGGAAAUGGACUUCCAUAUUGUGAGACAUUGAGUAAAAUCCCCUCAGAGACAGUGGAACUCUUUUGCUUGCAAGCUUUAGUACAGCAUUCGAAGGUUUCUUCUCACUGUGAUAAAAUUGAAGCUAAAGGAGGCCUUCAGCUACUACAGAGGAUAUACCAGCUACGUAAAGAUUCAGCAAAAAUUCAAAGGAACAUAAUUCGUAUUAUUGGAAAUAUGGCUUUGGAUGAACGUCUUCAUUCAUCUAUAGUACGUGCAGGUUGGGUUUCAGUACUUGCUGAAGUAAUGAAAUCCCCACAUGUCAUUCAGUCUUCUCAUGCAUCCAGAGCUUUGGCUAAUCUAGACAGGGACACAGUGAAAGAAAAGUAUCCAGAUGGUGUUUAUGUCUUGCAUCCACAAUAUCGUAGCAGUCAGCCCAUCAGAGCAGACAUCCUUUUUGUUCAUGGUCUUUUGGGAGCAGCAUUUAAAACCUGGCGACAGCAAGACAUUGACCACCAUUUGGAUAAAAAGGCUUCAGAAGGGGAAGAGGACUAUAGUCAGUGCUGGCCAAAGACAUGGCUGGCUUCAGACUGUCCUGCCCUUAGAAUCAUAUCUGUGGAGUACGACACCCAUUUGAGUGACUGGAAAGCAAAAUGUCCUGUUGAGGCUCACAGGAAGUCUAUUGCUUACAGGAGCAAUGAGCUUCUUGACAAGCUCAGAGCUGCUGGGAUUGGAGACAGACCUCUGGUGUGGGUGUCACAUAGCAUGGGUGGUCUUCUAGUCAAAAAGAUGCUGGUGGAUGCUUCCAAGAAUCCAGAAAUGGAUAAAAUUGUAAACAACACCAGAGGAAUCAUAUUUUAUAGUGUACCUCACCAUGGUUCCCAGCUGGCUGAAUAUUCUAUAAAUGCCAGAUAUCUUCUCUUUCCGUCUGUGGAGGUUAAAGAACUCAGCAAGGAUUCUCCUGCCCUUAAAAAGCUGAAUGAUGACUUCCUGUCUUUUGCCAAAGAUAAGAAAUUUUCAGUGCUGAGUUUUGCAGAAACCUUACCAACACACAUAGGCAGCAUGAUAAAACUGCAUGUUGUACCUCUGGAAUCAGCAAAGUUAGGAAUCGGAGACCUUAUUCCAGUGGAUGUUAAUCAUCUAAAUGUUUGUAAGCCAAAGAAGAAGGAUGCUUUCCUGUACCAGCGUACACUGAAGUUCAUUCAGGAUGUUUUAGCCCAAGAACUUGGAGACUGAGUUUUUGCUACCCUUGGCUGCUUAUUUCCUCCAUUUGGUGUAACACAGUAAGUUCUUCUCUUAACAUUUGUUAGGGGAUCUGCAGAACUGCAAAGAUGCUAUGUCAAUCGUAUCUGCUGCUAAAAUAGUUUUCAGUACACCUCCAACUUAAACACCUCUCCAACUUAUUUAUAAAAUAUAUUCAGAACAAAUACAAACCAAAAUCCUACAAACUUGGCAAAAAGAAAAUGUGUGUUGGCUUAGAGUGACCGCGAUCUGUCGACAAAAUGUGUGUAAAUUCUCCAGCAAUUUGGCUGGGAGGGGAUAGGGAUUCAGUGGAAGAGAAGUUUCACUUAGUCUACAGAUAUCCUUCUGGAGCAACACAACUAGACUGUGGAGAGGGCCCAGGAUUUUUAAGUUUUUUUCUUUUUUUAGCAAAAAAAAAAACACCCCACAACUUGCUCUUGGAGGUAGGUGGUCUCCUUAAGGUAAAUAUACAUCUGGGACUGAAGCCUUACAGAGAGGGUCAUAAAAAAUUGACUCAGGUGGUUAUUUGUUGUGUCAAAGUGGAGGAGCACGUGGCUGUCUCAAAGCUUUGGUUUACUGUCCCUGUUGAGUAGUCUGACUGGAACCUGAAGAAAUUUGUCCAAGUGAAUGAAGGUAGCCUUUCAGUCUAGUGGCCCAGUUACAGGGGUCUUCGUACUUUGCCUUUUCAUUUAAUAGACCAUUCAGACUUGUGAGCAAAUAUGGCAUGUGUUUUCUGUUUGUAUAAAUGAAAACAAAAGAAUUGUUCACCUUCUUGUAGAUCUCUCUCUUAAUCUUAGCAAAUUCUGAUAUUGCUUUCUUUAGAACAGUGUGUAUAUGGUCCGACUCAGGGCAGUUCUGUGCUUUCUCAUAUGGCAGAUAUAGAACAGAGGCUUAGCUUUUUUGCUUUACUCCUGGGACAUACUGAGAAGACGGUACAUUCAAAUCCCUGGCUCAUGUUAUUUAUUUAGAAACUCUUUCUUCAGCUGAUUUUAAGAAGAGCAUUGAAAAUGCUCAAGCCAAGUAAGACAAAUGUAGGCCCUGACAAAAAAGGUGAUGCUUAGAGUUUGGUGCUCAGGUAGAGAAAAAGUAAAGCAGGAGAAACUUCAGGUGAUCGUAAGGUCCCACUGGAAAUACAGAAAAUCCCAGAUGUUUGGGUUUCUUCAAGCCCAAGUGUAUUUAUUGGUGUAGAAACAGAGAAAAGCAGCAGUGUUGUCUUACUUGAGUUUAUGUUUACAUUAAGGACACCUUAACAGUACUGGUGAGAAAUAAGUAUUUUUAGAAAAAAAAUAAUGGCAGUGCUCAACCACUUUUUUAAAGACCUCAAUAGUUUACAAUGUAGUUAAAUGCAGACUAGUCUAAUUGUGAUCUCUUUCCUUCCUUUCUUUCCACCCCCAACCAUCUCUGGAAACAAACAUAGGCUAUGAUUAGGCGAUACUGCCCUAGCUGACCGUUUGCUAAAUAAGGCCUGUAUUGAUGACAGGCUUAAUACGGCUCUUAGCAUCACUUAUGUGAGAUGGAUUUAGUAUCACUGGCCUUAAAAUUAUGGCUCUGAAAGCUGCCAAAGAGGUGGGAUGGGCUUUGCAGUUCUGCAUGGGCUUGGUGCAGGCACCAGUGGCCGCUGCAGUCCUGCCAGGUCCUGAAGCCACCGCAGCUGUUCCUACCUGAAAGCACUCCAGCCCGGGAGGAUGCGACGUCUGAAAAUGCGCUUCUGGAAGUUGAGUCCUGACCUGCUGGAGUUGCAAAGUAAAAUUCACAAGAACAGUAGGGAGAAAGUACAGCACUGCACUGGAGCAAAAAGAGCAUUUUCUCCCCCUAACCAAGAUGUAGAUGAGAAGACUGCAUGGCAGUAUUUCAGAUAGAAAAUGUAACAGAACUGUCGUAACUUCUAAAGAGGUUUAUCCUUUUACACUGUGGUUUAAACUUCAGAGUAUAAAUAUAUUAGAACACUUUGUAUUCACAAAGUAGAGGGUAUGUGGAAUUCAUUGUGAAUAGACAAGACUGCUAAUAACGGAAUGUGUGUUAGCGUGACAAAUCUUGUAUUGAUUUUUGGCUUACAGGGAUUCAGAUCAAUUACAUUACACAUUAAUCUCAGUAAAUGCAUCUCUUUUGUUACUGUAACCACAACUCUAGAGGCAACUUUCUCCUUUUUGUAACUCUAUGUAUAUAUGUGUAACUUUUAAAACUAAUAUUUGGGGAAAGGUGUUGUUGGGUUUGGGGUUUUUUUGGAAUAUAGUGGUGAAAUGUGUUUUUAAAACUGUACUAGAUAUGCCACAAAAUGUAUUAAAGGUGAAUGAUCUGCCAAAUGAA